AAGCCAGCUUAACUUGAAGCUCUCUACCCCUAGGAAGCGAAAAUGUUAUUGUUAUUUUCUCGUCACUGUUUGGCCAAAUUAAGCAAAAUUUGUGUAGUCAUGACUCCUUCCUAAAAUGUGAUUGGUUCUUGUCCGUUGUUGGAUCCACGUAGCAGCACUACCGUGUAAACUAAAACAUUGUAAUUUUACUUGGGGCGUGCAGCCGUGUCGUGAAAAUACCUCAAGAUGGACGCCGGAGUCAAAAUUGCACUCUUGUUGAAAUUGUUCCUCGGAGUUGGUUUAGUUGUUGGAGAUUGUGACUCUCCGAUGGGAAUGGAAAAUAAUCAAAUCCCAAACUCCGCAUUAUCAGCUGCCUCAGUGUAUGCCAAUAGCCCAUCUUAUGCAGCCAGUCAAGGAAGGCUUAACAAACCCACUUCGUACAUUGCCGCAGCCAACAACAAGGGGCAGUGGGUUGAGGUGGACUUUGGACAUGGAAAGGUGGCUAAAGUGACCAAAAUCGGAACUCAGGGCCGCUAUCAUGUAUCACAGUGGGUGACCGAGUACAUGGUGUCGUACAGCAUAGAUGGGGGAUAUUUUCAGUUUCAGCUACUCAAGCAUUACAAUGAACCACGGAAAUAUGUCGCUAACAAGGACUACACCCAUGAAGUAAUCAAUACCUUGGAGGAGCCAAUUAUUGCUCGCAUUAUUCGAAUUCAUCCAGUUGCGUGGUACAGUCAUAUCUCCAUGAGGUUUGAAUUGUAUGGAUGCUAUUCAGGUUUUUCAACUCCUAAGCCUCCCACUUGCAUGGCUGGUCUGGGAAUGGAAAAUGACAAAAUUCCUGAUUCUGCGAUAACGGCAUCUAGCGUGUAUGGCAGCUACCGAGCUGAUCAGGGUCGGCUUUACAAUCAGGGCGGCUCUCGCGGCUCUGGAAGCUGGCUAGCGGGUACAAACAACUAUAACCAAUGGUUUCAAGUUGCGCUUGGAGACUGGACCAAAGUCACAAGGGUAUGCACCCAGGGGAGACUAAACGGAGGUAACUGGGUUACAAAGUACAAGCUCGCUUACGGUUACGAUGGUGUGUUUUACAAGGAAUAUAAAGAAGAAGGAGAGGACGCCAAGGUACGUGUUUAUUGUAUUGAGUUAACAGUUUCAGAGAGAAAACUUCCUCACAAGAGGGAAUAAACUUUCUAUGUUCUUGAUGACCAUCUAGUCCCUACAAUCUGUUAUUUACGCUUGCUGACUGAUAAGAGGACAUUGUAGGACGUCAUCGCGCCAUGGCAGGUGUGAGUGAGCUUAGAGAGUUAAUAAUUUUAAAAUAACUAGGACUCGAAGAUCUGGAGAAAAAAAAACAUACAGACCGACAGCUAUAUGUUGAUACUUCGAAAAGGAAAGGUAGGUUCGGAUUUGGAGUGCACAUGUAGACUGAAAAGAACAAUGCUCUCGUGAGUUUUGAUUGCGGAUUAAUCCUGUAUAUCACUAGUUUGGCUGUACAUCGAGCCUCUUUAUCAUAAAGUCUGUUGCUUUCUUUUCCUGUAUGAGAAAUCAAGUUCUGGAUUGUUUAUUUCAAGUCCGGUCCUCUCAAAUCAUUUCUUUCUUUGCUUUAAAUAACUCAAAACAAAUCAGUUCACUUCAUAAACUUCGAACGCGGAAUAAAACAAUAGCAAUCGAUCUCGUGGUAUUAUGACCACCUUGCUAGUCGUAUACAUAUCGUUACUUGUCAUAUAAAAUACUACCAAUCAGAAUACUGGAAAACCGAUGUAUAU